UGGGACUAUCUGUUUAUGUCAACCUGACUGCCAGUGGAGUGGCUGUUUUUCCUAGCCUCUUACGGAUUCUCUCUCCUCAGCGUAGCUGCUUGUAGGUUAGCAUAUAGUCUUCUCUAAGCCUUUACGUGAGACCCUCUUCGACUGAGCUCGUAUCGUUUAUGAGCAAGUUAUUUAUGCGAAAUCCGAUCUGACAAAAUAUUUAUAGGCUAUAUUUGAGGUGGACUGUGAUAUACUCCUAUAUUGGAGCGAGAGAGACCAGGCAAAGGGAAAUAUAUUCAAAAUACUCGUUUCCAAAUGGAUGGGAUGAAGCCAGAAUCGACGGCUGAGGAGAAUCAGGAUGAAAGAGAAGAAAGCAAAGGCUGCUUUGAGUGUUGCAUCAAAUGUCUGGGUGGUGUCCCCUAUGCGUCUUUGGUGGCCACCAUCUUGUGCUUUUCAGGCGUGGCUCUGUUCUGCGGCUGUGGGCAUGUGGCACUUACGGGCACUGUGACCAUGGUGGAAAACCACUUUUCUCGCAUCACCUCCGACCAUGCUACCCUCGUUGAUGUGGUUCAGAUUUUGCAGUACAUCAUCUAUGGAAUUGCCUGCUUCUUCUUCCUGUAUGGCAUCAUCCUGUUGGCUGAGGGCUUCUACACCACCAGUGCUGUCAAAGAGAUGCACAGCGAGUUCAAGACGACUGUGUGUGGACGCUGCAUCAGUGCAAUGUUUGUGUUUCUCACCUACAUUCUGGGAUUGGGAUGGCUAGGGAUCUUUGGCUUCUCUGCGGUGCCUGUUUUCCUCUUUUAUAACAUGUGGACCACGUGUGGUGCCAUGAAGUCUCCUAUUGCCAAUCUCACCUCUGUGGACAACAUCUGUGUCGAUGUGCGGCAGUAUGGAAUAAUCCCGUGGAACGCUACCCCUGGGAAAGCCUGUGGGUCCACACUAAGCGACAUCUGCAACACUAGUGAGUUCUAUCUGUCCUACCAUCUUUAUAUCGUUGCCUGUGCUGGAGCUGGUGCCACUGUGAUCGCGCUGAUCCACUACCUGAUGAUCCUGGCAGCAAACUGGGCCUACCUAAAGGGAGCAUGUCAGCAGACUCAUGCCUACCAGGACAUCAAGACCAGGGAUGAUCAAGAAUUGCAGGAUGUGCAGUCGCGCUCCAAGGAGGGUCUAAACUCGUACUCAUAAACAGUUCUCUCUGCUCUGUUCUACCCCACCUCUACCUAACCUGCUCUCUAGAAAACACCCACACACACAUACACAAACACACACAGCCGCUGCAAUUACCUGCCACCUUCAGAUGAAACACUGCGCAAACUAACACUGCUAAGCAGUGCGCUAUCUUGACUAUACAUCAUAACAGUGCUAUAAGUUGGUUAUAAUCAUGAUGAAACACGUCCAGGCAAGUUAUUUACCAUCUGUAACAAAUGAUGAAUGGAAUCAUCCCUGAUACAAUUAAUAGUGAUAUGAUGUGUUUUGCUCAUCCACUUCAUGGUAUAAAAGACCACUGGUAUAACAGUGUAUGUAUACUAGUAUUGUAUUGUCAUUUUGCAAGUAUUUUUGAAUUGGUAGAAAGUGUAUGUACAAGUGUAGAGUCAUGGUUAUAACUGGGUUAUGUUUGGUUUUAUGAUGCAUCGUCUUGGUGAAGCGCUGCUUACAUGAUAGACUGUCUGCACUAACUCCUCACAAACAUUUUGCAGGAACUUCCUUUUUGGUGUUUUAUACAUAUAUAAAUAUAUAUAAAUGUGUGAAAGUGAAUGAAUGUUGUUGUUGUUGUUUUUUAAUUAUGAGUGCCAGGUUGUGUAUUGAAAAUGUCUGUUUAUUUAGAAUCGUUCUCUGGGCUCUAUCCAUCUUAGAUAUCUGAAUUCACCUCUUUUUCCAACUCUCUCUCUUUUUUUUUUUUUUUUUUUUUUUGAGGGGUGGGGGAAUAAUACAGGUUCUUGACAAAUUGCACUAAUAUUGUAAUAGAAAGCAGGUAUAUUAACACACACACACACAGGUAAAAAUAUUUAUCUUCAAAGGACGUUUUCUCAAAUCUGUCAGUCUUGAGUAUUAUCUAGUACUCAACCCUCAAAAUUAUAUCCAGAAAACAGUAGCUGACUGAUAUAUAUCUGUGAGGCAGAACAAUUUAGAUCUCUUUGUUUUAUGAAAAAAAAAAAAAAAGAAAAAAAAAAGAAGAAAAUGAUUUCCAAAUAAUGUCUAACAGAAACUGCCCUCGUCAGCCAUACAGGUUUUCCUUCAGUUUUGUUGCUAAAUCUAGGUAUUUUUCAGUCUUCUAGAAUUUGUUAUUAUGGCAAGAUCAAUGUUUACCAUGAGAUUUAUGAAAUGAUUGUGACUCCUCUGUGUGAGUUAUUGCUAUGUGGGCGUGGAACUCUGAAAAUGGUUUGAAUUUACAGUCAAUAAUGCAGCCUUGUUUUUGCAGUGUAUCUUUUUCCUAACUGGUUUCUCUCUCUUUCUAUUACUACUUUUACAAUAUGACUCUCUUUUUAUUGAUCUGUCUUUUAACUAAAUUAAUUAUUCUCUGUAAUGUCUCUGUAAAUAUACGCAUGUUAUUAUUGUCCACAUAUACAAUUGUUUUACCAAUAAUAUUCCAUUUCUUGCUGUAUGUUAAAUUCUGUUAAAGCCAGCUUACAGGAAUGUGUCCAUUAAUCUAUUUACCCUGUUUUUGAAAAAGAAAAUGUGUGCCUGGGUGUUCUAUUGUUCCCUCAUUAUUGCAUGAAGGAAAGAUAUUUCAUUUUGUUUUGCAGUACUUUAAGUGAUGUGUAGUCCAUUGUUCUAAUGAACUACAAUUGACAGUGUCCCCCCUCCCCCCAAAACAAUCCACUGUAUGUUGAUGGAAAUUGUGGUCUUAGAUGUUUCAUAGUCCAUUUUAUUUGAUGUCAGAUGUUUUAUGAAUCCUGUAUAGUGAUUUUUGUAACCUUCUCUAGUAAAAUAUUUUCUAUGAUCUA